GUUCAACUCACCAUGGCUCAUAUCAGACAACGAUACUGGAUCGUUGGUGGCAGAAAGCUCGCGAAAAACGUUUAAAACUCGCGGAAAAAAAGAAGGCCGUCUUUAACGCUCGCGAAAAACGCCGAGAACUAGCUAAGGAAAAACAAAGACAAUUUAGAGCACGUGAAUCCGAAAAGAAAAUCGAUCCAAGGACCACACAUCGAAGCAUAUGAUCCCUGAAACCAUGGUGGAAUUGGAUUCAUCGAUCGAGAUCAUUGCAAGCCCUCGAUCAGUAAUUAAUUUAAUCCUGGAACGCGAGGGUGAACAUGCGCAGCAUGGACCAUUAAAUUCCGCGGCCUCAACCCUUACAAAACCGCGAAAAACUAUUGAGGAAAUUGAGGCCGUUCUUGUGGCGUUGGGCGCUAAUCUAGAGCAAAGUAAUCGCGAGGACGAUUACGAAGUGCGAUGCACUCCAACGCAGCGUCAAAAAGAGCUUGAUCAAAUUGCGAUGCAAUUGGAUGGAAGCGGCAAUGAUGAUGAAGGAUUGGCCCUCCAGAGUCUUGAUUUUAUCCCGUUAUCACGCAGUAACCGUUCGGCUUAA